AUGACAGCAUUCGAAGCGCUUUCUGUUGAUCAAGCCCCACCAAAGGAAGACAGCAAGAUCUUUUUCACAGGGAAGUUGACGCUGCGCCAGAACGUCUUUGCGACCUACACCGUGAUUAAUGAGGAUGUCUCGCUGCCCAAAGAGGCACAAGACCAUGUGCACACGCAUACCCUGGAGACGGAAGUGCCCGGGUCCCCGAUGGCGAACACUUCGGCGUUGAUGGCCGAGUAUCCUGACGACAUGACGACGGUUGUCCUUAGAUGUCGAGACCAGCAGGCCAGCAUCCGCCGAUUUGAGAAGCAAUUCUCGCGCACUCGGACCAAGGAGGCAGCCAAGGUUGUGGAGGGGGACGAGAAAACAGAAGCAAAGGCACUACAGUGGGUCGUGAUGAUGAGCAAGGGGUCCCAUCAUGAUGGUUGA